AUGGCUCACACACCCGAUCUGAAGCAGCCAAAGGAUGAGUUUCUCUCUCAUGUUGAAGACACAGGUCCUAGUAUCUCUCACAAUGUCAACGCAAAGAUUUGGAACCCCUUGAUGGGGAUAUCCAAGGAUAAUCUCCGUUCUCAAGUCAGCGCCUUCUGUAGAGAGUAUGGCUUCCAAGACAAGGAAGACAUUUUCUUUAGAGGCGCUCUAGCAGCUCAAAACCCAGUUGAAUAUGAAGAUAUUCCAGAGCUGACUGACGAUGACAAGUAUUGGCUGAGGCGCGAGGUUACCAACAGGUGGCAUUUGCCCAAAGCUCUUUACUACACCAUUGCGCUUUGCUCUUUGGGCUCUGCCAUCCAAGGCUGGGACAACACGGGUGCUAAUGGCGCGAAUCUUUCAUUCCCCAAAGAAUUUGGCAUCGAGGACAAUGGUUGGCUUGUUGGCGUCAUCAACUCGGGACCGACGCUCUUCGGUCUCCUCAGUGCUUGGGCAGCUGAUCCAGUGAACAACCUUCUUGGUCGAAGGGGGACUGUCUUUGUUACAGGCUUGUUCUGUAUCUUUCCCGUCUUGGCUCAAGCCUUUACACAGAACUGGUGGGGUCUGAUGAUUUGCCGCUUGUUCAUGGGUCUUGGAAUGGGUAUCAAAAUCUCGACAAUCCCGGUCUUCUCCGCAGAGGUCGCGCCAGCAUCUAUUCGAGGCGGAUUAGUUACAAGCUUCCAACUGUGGGUAUCAUUCGGAAUGUUUGUGGGAUAUUGUGUCAACCUGAUUUUCUAUCGAGUUGGAAAGUUGGCGUGGAGAUUCCAACUUGCAUCUGCAUUUGCCCCAGCCAUUCCUGUGGUAAUCUUUGUCUGGUUCUGCCCUGAAUCGCCUCGAUGGCUGAUGAAGAAGCGACGGUAUCCCGAAUCGUACCAGUCCUUCUGCCGGCUAAGAAAUAGUGAGAUGCAGUCGGCAAGAGAUCUGUAUUACGCACACUGCCAGGUUAUGGAAGAGAGAGAUGCCUUUGCCGGUGUAAGCUUUUGGCACCGAGCAUUAGAGCUUGUUACGAUCCCCCGUUUGCGACGAGCUGCUGUUGCCAGUGGAUGGAUCGUCAUCAGCCAACAGUUUUCAGGAAUCAACAUCAUGGCCUUCUAUAGCUCAACAAUUUUCGUUGAGGCCGGCUACUCAACACUUAGCAGCCUCCUUGCCUCCAUGGGGUUUGGCCUUGUUCUCUUCAUUUUCGCUUUUCCAGCAGUUUAUACCAUGGAUACCUUCGGCCGCCGCAAUCUACUUCUCACAACCUUCCCAAACAUGGCCUGGUGCCUUCUCGCGGCUGGACUCUGUUUUCUCAUGUCAGCCGAGAACAGCGCUCGGAUUCCCUGCAUAGCGUUCUUUGUCUACCUCUUUACUGCUUUCUAUGGCCCUGGUAUGGGUCCGCUACCAUCCAUCUACUUUUCUGAGGCAUUUCCCUUGUCUCACCGCGAGCUUGGCGCCGGCUUAACAAUCUGCAUUAAUAACGCUGUCGGCAGUGCUUUGAGUCUUACGUUCCCUUCGCUGCUGAAAGCACUUGGGCCUACUGGUGCAUUUGGUUUUUACGCGGGAUUAAAUAUGCUUGCUUUUGUUGUCAUCUUCUUCAUUGUUCCAGAAACAAUGAAACGCACUCUAGAAGAGCUUGAUUACAUUUUUGGUGUACCAACAAGACGCCAUAUUUCUUAUCAAGUUGGCACUUGGCUACCUUGGUUCAUUAAGAAGUACAUCUUCUUCCAGCGCAAAGCGAAGCUUGAGCCUUUGUAUAAGCUAGACGGUUCAGCCGAUACAACAGGCAAUCAGUAG